AUGUCCCAGAUCACGGCGCUCGUCGUGACCCAGAGUCGAGACCCCCGCAGCGCCGUGCUGGGCCACCUUGCCGCUGGAGCCCUCAUCGGGCUCGCAGACAUCGUGGGCACCCGGGCGCAGCUGGGACGGAUAGCCCUGGUGGGUCCCGAGAGUUUCAGUGGCGCCUGGGUCAGCGUCCUGCGCCUCGACGGGAGGCCAUUGCUGGAACGCGUACUGGAAGAGACGGAGAACAUGCAGCUCGAGGCCAAACUCAAGGCCGAGACGGCUCGCAUUGCCGCCCGCAUCGCCGCGGGCGACAACCAGGAGCCUCCUCCCAGGAGGAGAAGCUCGGUGGGUUCCGCGUGGUCCGCCCUCGGACGAGCUCAGCUGCCGCACUUUGGCGAGGCGGCGGAGGAGGAGCUGGAAGACGUGGACAUGCCUCCGCCGGGCCCGUCAAACAAGGUGCUCCCGGCCAAGAUGGCGCAGAGGGCCACGGUCACGGGCGGCUGGCGCUCGUUCACCGACCCGAUCUGGAAGCGGCAGGUCUUCGUCGCCCCCCUGGGGGGCCGAGCCACCUGGGGCAUCAGCGAGGUGUUGCAGACAGGCGGCCUGGACGACCUGCUGCUGGCCCGCUGCUGGGAGGCGUGCGUGGUGGACCCCCUCGCCGUGGAGGCUAUGAAAGAUCCCACCUGGGCUUUCGAGAUAUUCGCCGACCCUAGCCUGAGCGGCGAGCCGAUCUUCAGGUACGAGAAGGGGCGACUGAUUGUCGUCCAGGUCUUCGACAUGAAGACGUUUGUUGCGCACGUCGUGCUGCCCCCGCCCGAAGACGGCGGCGAUGCGGCCACCGGGUAUGCGACGUACCGGAUGCGCGACGGCCGGCCUCUCCUGCGAUCCCUGAUGCAGCCGUCCGAG